GGGUCACUAUGUGAUAUUGUUACAGAUGUUAUAAAAGGAGGAGCUCAGGCACAAUUGCUUCAGAAACUCACAAAACACCAGAGCAAUUAUCUCGGCUGUACAAGCCAAGAGAUAAUGCCUGUGCUCCUAGAAUCUUGAAAGAACGAGUAAGAUGUCAAGAUGCAGAAGCUCAUCUUCUUCUUGCAAGGAGACUCAACGAAGAGUUCCUCCAAGCAGAAGGAACAAAAGGUGCAGGGUUGUCUAUGAUGCUCCACUAAAGAAGAAGAAAGGUAAAUGUAACAUUUACUAUGUUUUAUACUAUUAUGGCUGGGCAUCUAAGGUUUGUCAAAUCAUCCAAAUGGUUGGAGGAUAAAAGUAGGUUAUUCUCUCCAUAUGAAAGAACUAGGCUUUACAAGAGUAAUGGGUUGUUUUUUGAAAAGAGCAUUUAGGUAUAAGAUCACAAAAGAUAACAAUUUAAGCAGAAGUAGUAAAUAUUUAAAGAACCAGAAGGGGAAGCUGAGGGAAGUUACGGGGAGGGUCCCUCCCCUCCUUUAUGAUAAUUGUCACAUUAUGUUGUUUGGUUGAUUGUUAAAUUGUAAAACUCAAUAAAAAGCUUUAAAAAACAACAAGACUAAUGGGUUUUUAUUUUGUUUUCGACAGGUUACGUACGGGUCUGUGCUACAUACUACUACUGGAAAGGAGGGAAAAAGUAAUUUCUAGUGCUUCCCCAACUGUCCUGUUCAGAAAAUCCAUGUUUGGCACCAGUGACUCACCACCAGACAUCUUCCAUGAUAAGGAAGUCCUUCAAAGGAGCCACCAAUGAGCUGAGGGAAGACUUCAAGAUUCAGGAGCCGGCCUAUUACAGCAGCAAUGCUAGACCUGCCUGUUUGUCAGUAAACUCAUGAACAUGCAGUUCA